AUGGUUCCUUUAAAAUGCCUUCUCCGUGUAGCUGUGCUGGGUGCUCUUCUGGCCGUGGGGGCCACAGAAGGAUCCAUAGGCCAAGACUUGCUUGGUGUCUCGAGGCAGCUCAGAACUAAAGGCUGGAACAAGCAGCUGUAUCCUGAGUGGACAGAAAACCAGGGGCCUGAUUGCUGGAGAGGAGGCCCGGUGGCCUUGAAGGUCCGUAGUGAUGGGCCUACGCUGGUUGGGGCAAAUGUCUCCUUCUCUAUUUCCCUGCACUUCCCUGAAAGCCAAAAGGUGCUGCCAGAUGGGCAGGUCAUUUGGUCCAAUGACACCAUCGUCAAUGGGAGCCAGGUGUGGGGAGGACAGCCAGUGUAUCCCCAGGAACUUGAUGAUGCCUGCAUCUUUCCUGAUGGGGAGGCCUGCCCAUCAGGCCCCUGGUCUCAGAGGAGAAGAUUUGUUUACGUCUGGAAGACCUGGGGCCAGUACUGGCAAGUUCUAGGGGGCCCGGUGUCUGGGCUGAGCAUCGGGACAGACUCCUCAGUUCUGGGCACAAACACCAUGGAAGUAACUGUCUACCACCGCCGGGGGUCUGGGAGUUACAUGCCCCUCGGUUACUCCAGCUUAGCCUUCACCGUUACUGACCAGGUGCCCUUCUCUGUGAGCGUGUCCCAACUGCAAGCCUUGGAUGGAGGGAACAAGAACUUCCUGAGAAACCAACCUCUGGUCUUUGCGCUCCAGCUCCAUGACCCCAGUGGCUACUUGUCUGGGGCUGACAUUUCUUACACCUGGGACUUUGGAGACAGCACUGGGACCUUGAUCUCUCGGGCACUUGUGGUCACUCACACUUACCUAGAGUCGGGCCCAGUCACUGCCCGGGUGGUGCUUCAGGCUGCUAUUCCUCUCGGCUCCUGUGGCUCCUCCCCAGUUCCAGGAACCACAAAUGGGCUUGUGCCAACUGAAGGGGCCCCUGGCACCACAGCUGGGUUAGUGCCUACUGCGGAAGUUGUAGGUACGACACCUGGUCAGGUGCAAACUGGAGAGCCCUCUGGAACCACAAAUGUGCAGGUGCCAACCACAGAAGUUUUAGAUACUACACCAGUGCAAGUGCCAACUGCAGAGGGCCUAGGCACCACACUUGCAGAGAUGCCAACUGCAGAGGCUAUAGGUACGACCCCUGAAGUGUCAACCAGAGAGCCCUCUGAAACCACAGUUGUACAGGUACCAACCACAGAGUUGGUGGAGACCACAGCGGGAGAGGUACCCACGCCUGAGCCUGAGGGUCCAGAUGCCAGCCCAUUCGUGCCUACAGAAGGUAUUACGGGCUCCCAGAGCCCCCUGCUGGAUGACACAGCCUCCCUCAUCCUGGUGAAGAGACAAGCCCCCUUGGAUUGUGUUCUGUAUCGAUACGGUUCCUUUUCGCUCACCAUGGACAUUGUCCAGGGCAUCGAGAGUGCUGAGAUCUUGCAGGCUGUGCCAUCCAGUGAAGGGGAUGCAUUUGAGCUGACUGUGUCCUGUCAAGGCGGGCUGCCCGAGGAAGCUUGUGUGGACAUCUCAUCGCCAGGGUGCCAGCCCCCUACCCAGCGGCUGUGUCAGGCUGUGCCACCUAGCCCAGCCUGCCAGCUGGUUCUGUACCAGGCACUAACAGGCGGCUCAGGGACCUACUGCCUCAAUGUGUCUUUGGCUGAUGCCAACAGCCUGGCAAUGGUCAGCACCCAGCUUGUCAUGCCUGGUCAAGAAGCAGACCUUGGGCAGGCUCCCGUGUUCGUGGGUAUUUUGCUGGUGUUGAUGGCUAUGGUGCUUGCAUUUCUGGUAUACAGGCGCAGACUUAUGAAGCGGGGCCCUGCUGUCUCCCUUCCCCAGCUGCCACAGGGCAGCACCCCCUGGCUGCGCCUGCCCCGGGUCUUCCACUCUUCCUCCAUGGGUGAGAGCAGGCCCCUCCUCGGCGGGCAGCAGGUCUGA